AUGUAUAUUGAUGACAAGGAACUGCAAAGGCUUCAGAACAAUAACAACAAUAAACGCAAGUCAGCAGCUGAGUCCAUAGCCAUGGCAGAGAUAGCGAGCUCUGUUUACGGGCGCAACGACGACACCCAUAACCUCCUCGAGACAAAGAUGUUCCCACAGCGACGGACUUCAACCACGUUGUUGCGGGCGCUCAGCCCUGAGAGAGUGCACCGUUACCUGACUACCUACCACCCCCUUUCUUCCCCCCUGCUCAUCCGCAAGGGAUGGGGAAUGAACUUUUGA